UGGCGCGCCAAAUGGAUCCACUCCUGCAGCACCUGGAGCGCUUUUCUGAGGUGCUGGCGGUCUCCCGCACCCCCCACGUAAGCACCUGGGACCAGGCGACCGUGCGCAGGGCUCUACAGUGGGCUCGCUACCUGCGCCACGUCUACCAGCGCUUCUGCAACCAUGAGAGCAUCCGCACAACUCUGGAAAGGCGGUUGCACAGCUUGCGGAAGGAGGGCGGCCUUGGGGCGGGUCCAGUCCCUGAACUGACGAACUUUGAGGCCCUUGCGCACUGUGACAUCCUUCUGUCUCUACGUCUGCUGAAGAACCCGGCCCUAGGGAAUGCCGCUUGUCACUACCUGCUGCAGCAACUCUUUCCCGGCCAGGGCGUCCCGGAUGCCGACGGGGAAACGCUCCAAGACGGCCUGGCCAGCCUCGCCCGCCGCGGGUCUGCGGUCCACAUGCUGCGCUUCUAUGGCUACAGAGAGAACCCGAAUCUUCAGGAGGACUCACUGAUGAAGACCCAGGCGGAGUUGCUGCUGGAGCGUCUGCAGGAGGUGGGGAAAGCCGAAGCGGGGGAUCCCGGCAAGUUUCUCUGCAGCCUGUGGGAGCGCCUGCCACAGAAGAACUUCCUGAAGGUGGUAGCGGUGGCGCUGUUGGAGCCUCCGCUGUCUCCCCGGUCCCAGGGAGAGGAGUUGGAACUGGGUAGCCCCCAGAUUCUUAGAGAGGGGAGUCAAGAGCUAGUCCAUUGGCUUCUGGGGAAGUCGGAAAUCAUGGGUGCCUUUUGCCGCAACGUCCCUGCGGGUCUUCUGACUUUGGUGGCAGGUCGCCACCCAGUGCUUUCUCAUGCCUAUCUGAGUGUGCUAACUGAUUGGAGUCGACAUCUGUACUACGACCUUCAGAAAGGCGUGUGGGUUGGAGCGGAGUCUCAGGAUGUGCCCUGGCAGGAGUUGUACACUAGGUUUCAAAGCCUCUGUCAGGCACCCCCACCUCUGAAAGAUGAAGUUCUGACUGCGCUCAAGUCUUACAAGGCGCAGGAUGGAGAUUUCGAAGUUCCUGGUCUUAGCAUCUGGACAGACCUGUUGUUAGCUCUUCAGAGUAGUGCAUAGUACCACAUUUGGUCUGUUUUAGGUCCCAAACCAAGCACUAAUUCUCCACGAGCAACGUUUGUUAUUUGAAUAUUUAGUGUACAAAACGAAAAUUCAAUGUUGAAAAGGAAAAAGCAACUUUUUCUUAGUAUGGUUUACUCUUAGUUUGGUCCCUCCCUCCGCCCACUACCAGUGAGGAGUUUUCUUUAACCAAUAACAUGGUUGUCAGAAAUAUUAGUUUGAAAAACUUAUUAGACUAUUUGGAGUUUAAGCCCUGAACUUUGACCUUGUUGAUCUAGUGUUCUAACUAGUUAAGUUGCCUCAACAUGCAUUAAAAUUGUUUUGUUUCUUAUUUCUGCGAAUUACUGCUCUCUGAAAGACCCAUAGUUUGUUAAUUUAAGAUGUUGACUUUAAUACAUAAAAAAUGUUUAAAGCAGAGUGAGUGGAAAUAUAUUCAUUUGGGUAUUAGUAUAAAUUUGAUGGUAAGAGAAUCAAACUUCUAAAUUAGAAGACCCUGUUGUUACCUCUGCCAUUAAUUAGGUUAGUAGGACACAACUUUAGGCAACAGUUACUUCUUUACUAAGUGAACGUUUAUACUCAAAUAAUUAGGGGCUGGGGUUGUGGUUCAGUGGUAGAGCACUUUCCUAGCACGUGUGAGGCACUGGGUUUGAUCCUCAGCACCACAUAAAAAUAAAUAAGGGUAUUGCGUGUACCUAUAACUAAAAACAAUUUAAAAAUAAUUAAAUUUUAUUGUUUUUCCCUUAGAGACUUAUGAAGACAGUUUGGAGUAUUUAUUUUGUGUGUAGGAAUUUAAGUUUUUUUAGUUUACUUGAGUAUACCUCAACUAACAGAAUGAGUAAGUCAUUUUUAUUAGGGAUAUAUAACUUUCCAGCAAUCAAGGCAUUUUUGUCCAUAUCCAGGUUAACUGAUAACAAGAGUGUUUGGAACAUACUGAUACUCAGAAAGUUAGUUUCUGAUUCCAGAAAUGAAAUUAGAACAAAAGGAGUAUUAUCUUGUAGAAAAUUUUAUUUUGAAGUAAAAUUUAGAGGUAAUGUUCCCUUAGUAAGUACAUGUUCUAAAAUAAUCUUAGGUGAACAAUAGCAAAUUCUUAUUGCCUGUGGUCUGAUUCCUUUUUCUAGCACUAAUUGAUGUAGACCAUUUUUAGAUUGCAUUUACCAAAAACAGUAAAGCAACUCCUUCUGUUAAUUACACGAGCCUUAUUUCAAGAAACAACCCAAUGAAGAGUUGUGCCAUGGCAAGGCCCAAUAUUAGUUUUAGAAAAUAGCAGUUUGAACUCUUUCCUCUAUUGCUAUAGCUACAUCUGAACACUAUGAUUUAAGAUAAGAUUGAUAUAGACUUAACAUUUUAAAAUCCAUUUUUGUACUAUUUGUUGAUCUCUUAUUUUAAAUUCCAUGAUAUAUUUGGUACAUAUAGUCUUACUGAUUUAAUCUGUGCUCCAAGACCAUGUUCUUAUGUGUAUAAACUGAAAGAGAUGAAGUGAAAUGCCCAAGGGCACCAAAAAGCAACAUGAGAGUAGAAGUCAUAGCUGUUAUUUAUUUUCUUUCCAAGAGUUUAGCACAGUAUCUGGUAUGUGUAUUAUUACUCCUAAUGUUUGAGUUUAUAAAAUUAUCAUUGAAACCUUACUCUGUAUAUUUUCUUGUAUCUUAAACAAUAUGAAGAACUUGUUAAGUUCCUAUUAAAUUUAAUAGCCUAGUUAUCUCUUUAGGACUCCAUGUAUAGAAUGGGAGAAAAGAUGAAAGAACUAUAUAAAUGUGAACAUAUGGACAACUUUAUAAAAUCUAGAAAUAUUUAUUUUGUGGUUUGUCCUAUUAAGUUUCUAUUUGUUUUGAUUUCUCAUUUUUUAUUUCUCAGGGUUUUUUUUGCUUUACUGAAUUGUUUCUCUUUUUUUCUUACUCUAUUUUUCCUUCUACCAGUUGGGAUGUUCCACAUCUGAGCUUCUACUCUGAUUAUUUUUAUCAUAUUUAAUUUAAAAAUAUCUGAAACUAUUUAAUAUCUUAAUCCCCUUUUCUAAUGAUAUAACAGAUUUUAGGAAACUAAGUCUGCUAUCUUAUCACUAAACUCACAAGUUAUUUUCCAGUGUUUGAGUUUUGUUCUUUAUUCUAAAAAAGCCAGCAAAUUAUAAUAGUAUAAUUAAUAUUUUAUGCAGACAAGUGUGUUUUGAUUUACCUACAUUUUUAGCAGUUUUGUUAGUUCAGUUAUUGUAUAAAUCCCAAAAUUUUGUUUCCUCAGAUAUUAAUACUGGCAUUGGUUUACUUACCAUCUUUUGUUGUUCAGAAAUUCCCUUGGAGAAAAUGUCUUGGUGAUAAAUAUUUUUAGUUUUUAUAUACAAAUAUGUUUGUCAAUGUUAGAAGGUUGUUUUGAUGUGUAUCUGGUUCUAGAUUAACAUAUUAAAUAUUUUCACUUUU